UGUAGAUAGCCGUUAAAACAGGAGAAUAAGCAAGUGAAGUGAGUCGCUUUUAUUCGUGUUUCAUCGGAUUUGUUUUCGUUUUAUACUUCGGUAAAAUGUCAAGAUUAGACAAGUUACAUUCCAACUUGAUGAAGCGAAUGUCGAUCGUCAUUCGUGAUAUUUGGGUGGAGGUGGAAGCGACGGUGAAGGACUAUCAGAAGGAAGCAGCCCAGACACGAUCAGAAAACGCGAGACUGAAACAACAGCUCGAGGAUGUGCUGAGCAGGAAUAAGGCGCAUUUAAACGGAGUCCACUAUGUCCCUCCUGAUAAAGUCUCACCCACAGAAUUACCAGCAUGUGGAUAUGGGUCCCUAGUUGAACCAGAAGACCAGCAAAUGGAGGGCAAUGCCCAGAGUCAAGAUACACCUGGUGAACUGAAGCCUCGCAUACUAGAUGUCAUUUCAGUCUGCAAGACGGAGACCGAGGAUAGAGAACUCGUGCAUCUAAAAGAUGCCUCAUCUGCAAGUGAAGAACGGCUCUUCCCUCAGUUCGACAGCUCGAGUACGGGUGAGACUUCGGACAGGAACGUGCCCACUGCAGCAACACCAAGGAUCAAGAUUGAGCCCGAGGACACCAUCAUCACAAUAACGUCUUCAGUAACUACCACCCCUGCCCAUGCAGGUCCGCGUCAGGACUCAGAACCGAGAACAGCCAGUGACACUUCAACCACGUCGAGGAGACCGCAGCGAAAGGAGCGCCAUCACACACGAUACACCAUGCCUAGGAGAGCAUCCGCAAAAGAUCACGAUCACGAAGGGCCAUAUAAGUGUAACAAAUGUGGAAGGCUGCUAAAGGACUUGGCAAAGCUGCAGCUGCACAAUAGAUUACAUGAAAGAUCCUUCAUCUGUCACUGGUGCGGCAGAAACUUCUUGAAGUUUGACUACCUUAGGAUGCAUAUGCGCACACACACCGGAGAACGGCCUUACCGCUGCAACUGGUGCUCAAAGACCUUCAGCCAGAGCGGAAACAUGAGGAGACACGAGCGCACGUGCCGGAGUUUCAAUGAAGAACCAGCAUCGCACGCACUAGAAGAUCAACAGCUGCCCGCCGAGUGACCAGUGCGUCACAUGCAGGAACAACUCAAGAAAAAACCUGUAAUUGUGACAGAGAGCUGAAAUUCAAUUUUCAUGACAUAUAAUGGGAUAUUCAUAAUUUUAAUCAAGUAUAUUAGAAGUUUCCAUGUUUCAGAUUAUACAGAGGGCUGAUAUGUUGUUUGAACAACAUUUCUAUGUCCUUUUCAGGCAGUAUGUGUGGACAAAUGUCCCCAGUAAGCCAAAAAAUAUCAUGAGAAUGAAUGUUUGCCCCUUUGAGGAAGACCAAUGUGCGUUCCAUACGGAGUACCAUGACUUCCCACACUUCCAGAUUGAUGUUUAAUAUUAUAAAUACUCCACAGAGAGCAGUAUCUAGCCAAUGAUAUGUUUUAGGCAGUGUCUAACAAAAAAAAAAGAAAACAUGUAUAUACACUAUAGGAAGGAAUAACUUUAAUUACUUUUUAUUAAUUGCCAUUAUAUUCCCAGGACUACACAUUACACAGUUUUUGUGUGUGUGUGUUUUUCUGUGGGAAUUACAGAGAAAAUCUAAAAGUAGUAUAUUAGGAUAUGAAUCAAUGUAGUAGACUGAAUGGCAAAAUUUACUUAACAGAAAAUCAUGAAAUUCGAGAAGAUGUAUCUUAUGACUGAGGUCCUUUAACAUAUGUAAGAACAAACACCUGAAUAAACUAGAUUCAAUUUAA